UUGGAAAAUAUGUGAAGAUUAAUGAACCCUGCUCGGCAUCUAGAUUCGGAUUUCAAAGAGGAUUAAGGGCGUGUAGCUGAAUUAGAUGGUACGAUUACAAAUAUGGGUAAUUUAGGAUUGGAUUAGCCUCUUAAUCACACGGUCAUCGGCGCUGAACCCCCCUACACCCCUGCGAGUAAACAGCCAAACGGGCAAUUGGGAUGCGGGGAUGAUUUUUGGUGACGCUGCGAUGGGUACCUGCGAAGAUACCGAAAUUCAAACAAUAAUGAGAAUCCGAUUUGAUUUCACGUUGCUUUAGUCGUUUUUACCGCUUCUUUGUUGACAUUUGUGGCCAUGAUUUUCCUGCGGAGGCUCGUGCAGUUGUUGGUGUUGCUGAUCCAGAGCGGAUGGUGGGGGGUUACGGCGAGCCCCACAGAUGAAGGAGCACUCCGGGCCGGCCACGGGGAGCACGGAGAGCCGGGACAUCAGGAGCCUCACAAGGACUCCUACAGCACCUUCGCCUCCGAGUUCCUGGAGUCCAGAUAUCUGUCCGAUGACGGUUAUCCAUUCCCCACCGCCCCACCAGUGGAUCCCUUUGCCAAGAUCAAGGUCAGCGACUGUGGAGUAACCAAAGGCUGCAUAAGAUAUGGGAAGCCAGGGUGUGAUGCAGAAACAUGUGACUAUUUUCUGAGUUAUCGUCGUAUUGGGACAGAUGUGGAGUAUGAGAUGAGUGCAGACACGGAUGGCUGGGUGGCCGUAGGUUUCUCCUCUGACAAAAAAAUGGGAGGAGACGAUGUCAUGGGCUGUGUCCAUGACGAUAAUGGACGUGUACGGAUUCAUCACUUCUACAAUGUUGGCCAAUGGGCUAAGGAAAUAAAGAGGAACCCUGCUAGAGACGAAGAGGGCAUUUUUGAGAACAACCGGGUGACCUGCCGUUUCAAACGUCCGUUAUACGUCCCUAGAGAGGAGACACUUGUGGACUUACACCUGUCAUGGUAUUACCUGUUUGCAUGGGGACCUGCCAUACAAGGUUCCAUCACGAGGCAUGACAUCGACAAUCCACCUGUGAGCGACCGCAUGAUCAGCAUCUAUAAGUAUGAGGACCUAUUCAUGCCUUCUACAGCCUACCAGACCUUCAACUCUCCCCUCUGCUUACUGCUCAUAGUAGCCCUCACCUUCUACUUACUAAUGGGAACACCAUAAUGAAGCACAGCAGAGCACAUAGUGGAAAAAAGAGGGAUGAGAAGAUGAAGCAGCAAUAAAAAAAAGUUGUCUGAUGCCACAUUCAAGUGUGCACUUUGCACAAAGAGACACUGUAUUAGAUAUAGUAAACACGAUAGAGAGUAUAUAUACGAUACGAUACGAUACAACUUUAUUGUCAGCCAAGGCUGAAAUUCUUUGUGCAUCCCUGGGUAGCUCGUAUAAAAAAAGAGGACAUACACAUACAUACAAACGUACAUGAGAUUAAUAACACCAACAGACAUACAUGAAACAUUACCACAAAUGACAUAAACUUCCAAGUAGGAAAACAAAGAAAACAUGU